AGGGGUGGUUGGGGGUGGGAUUACAGAAUGAUUGAGAACAAGAGCUAGGGCAUAAUCUCUCUUUCUGAGAUGUCUUUCUGAGACCCUUCUCUGUCCGUGUUUGGGAACAGCACAGGAUAUGUGUUCCAUGCCUAGAGAAUCUAAAGGGCCUUGAGCUCUCCUUUUUGCUACUUCUUCUAGCAGAUGUGAACAGCAAGGAAAUGCACAGUGGAAACCAGACUUCUGUGUCUCACUUCAUUUUGGUGGGCCUGCACCACCCACCACAGCUCGGGGUGCCGCUCUUCCUGGCUUUCCUGGUCAUCUAUGCCCUCACUGUCUCUGGCAAUGGGCUCAUCAUCUUCACCAUCUUGGUGGACACCCGGCUCCACCGCCCUAUGUACUGGUUCCUGUGUCAUCUCUCCUUCUUGGACGUGACCGUUUCCUCUGCCAUUGUCCCCAAGAUGCUAGCUGGCUUUGUCUUGGACAGCAGGGUCAUCUCCUUUGGAGGCUGUGUAAUCCAACUCUUUUCUUUCCAUUUCCUGGGCUGUACUGAAUGCUUCCUUUACACGCUCAUGGCUUAUGAUCGCUUCUUGGCCAUCUGUAAGCCUUUACAUUAUGCCACCAUCAUGACCCGGAACGUCUGUAAUUACCUGGCUUUGGGCACCUGGCUGGGAGGUACCCUCCACUCACUUUUCCAAACAAGCUUCAUAUUCCGGCUGCCCUUCUGUGGCCCAAACCAGGUAGACUACUUCUUCUGUGACAUUCCCGCCAUGCUGCGUCUAGCCUGUGCUGACAUCACCGUCAAUGAGCUGGUCACCUUUGUGGACAUUGGGUUCUUGGCCCUCACCUGCUUCAUGCUCAUCCUCACUUCCUAUGGGUAUAUAGUGGCUGCCAUCCUGCGAAUCCAGUCCGCUGAUGGGCGCCGCAAUGCCUUCUCCACCUGUGCUGCCCACCUCACUGUCGUCAUUGUUUACUAUGUGCCCUGCACCUUCAUUUACCUUCGCCCUGGCUCUCAGGAACCCCUGGAUGGAGUGGUCGCCGUCUUCUACACUGUCAUCACCCCCUUGCUUAACCCCAUCGUCUACACGCUCCGCAACAAAGAGAUGAAGGCAGCAUUGUGGAGGCUGGGAGGUCGCAAGGAUGUGCUGCCUCACUGACUCAGGCAUUGCAGACAUGCAGAAGACACUAGAAUUUAGGGCACCAGAUGGGACAUCCGUAACUGCGGAGUUUUUAAUACAGAGAGGAAAGAAGGAUCCAUGCAGAGAGUAGAAACUCC